AUGCCUGCACAACGUAAGUCCGUCGAGAUCAGUCUCAAGCAACAGGCUAUCGACUGGAUUGAGUCCGAAGGUGGUGGAAUUCCAUCUCGAGCGGAGCCGCACUUUCGUCAGCUCGGGUGGCGAGUGUCGGCGUCUGCCUAUCGCAAAUGGUGGCGUGAUCGCGACCAAAUUCGUACGGAGUCUGUUGCUCGCUUUCGGCUUUUUGGUGGGGGCCGCAAGCCCCUCCUAGGAGUUGUUGAAGACGAGUUGGUGGACUUGCUGUACGAUAAGCGUCUACGGAAAGAGAAAGCGACGCGGGAGUGGAUAGCAUCGACUGCUAUUGCACUUUUCCAGGCAAGUCGCACGGAAAAGCAGCACGAAGACGACCCAAUCCGAUUCGUCGCGUCCGAUCCGUGGGUGCAAGGAUUCAUGAAGCGCAACUGUCUAACACUUCGAAAGCGGACAAACCUCACAACACUCGGCGACGACGAGUUGGUGGAGCGAGCGGUUUCCUACAUGACCUAUUUGGGCGAACACAAGCCAUCCAUGAACCGCGACCGAACUAUUCUAAUGGACGAAACUGCUGUCUACUUUGAGGAUGAUCGAACGCACACGGUCGACGAGGUUGGAGCACGUCACGUCGUCAUUCGCUCUACUGAGUUCUCUUCCAUGCGGAUUACUGCGGCGCUUGCAGUAACAGCAUCAGGGAAGAAGCUACCGCCGAGUCUUAUCUGGAAGCGAAAGACGCGGGGACCAAUAGAGCGUGUUGAACCUUCUCCUCAACUGGCUGGAUUGGUACUUCCCUGA